GAUAUACGAGAGGACUGUCGUUAUUUAAAGCACCGCAUAUCGAAUCUGGAGCGUGAGAAUUAUAAACUGUCCUCCAUUGUUCGGCAACAUUGUCCGCAGUUUGGGCAACAGAAACCGGACGACGUGCACAUCGAAUCAAGUGGACAGUUGGAUUGUCUGGUCCCCACAAAAUUUACCAGACAAAUGAAUCCAACUAGCUCAGGCGGCUAUCAUUAUGUUACGCCUGUUGAUCAUCACAGCUCUGUGGGUGAGGACCUCACAUCAGAACCAAUCUUUCCAUGUUUACACUGUCGUUUUUUGCCACCGGAUUCACCCGACAUGACUUGUGAUGACAUUCAAACAUGCUCCUCUGCUGACGACGGUUUGGCGCAUCAGUGCAGAGCGAUUGUACAACAAGAGGCAGCGACUGUAUCUCAAGGUUUUAGGAGGCAUUCCACACAGCUUUUAGAACCAGCAACACCGCCAAGCCUUACGUGGUUUGGUGAUCAUCCAUAUGAACCAAACCAAGCAUUUUUUGAGGCAUACGUCAAGCCUGUCCUUGAAGGAUCCAUGCUUCGAGCAUCUUCAACACCCAUCAUCCCGAUACCAGAUCAAGGUUUAGUGCAACACCAUUUCUUUCCCGCUAACGAUGAUGCUUGUUCAGCUCUAACUCCCCUGCCAUAUGACUCACCUCCGGGUGGCAGUAGAAAUCCUGACGAAUGCGGUCAGCUGAACUUGACGACUCUUCCUUCACCUAACUUGGUGGUCAACCAGGAUCAGAAUCGUACGGGAGUGGAGUUUCGAAAUACGAAUCAUCUUCGUUCAAGUGUUCAUAGCUGCGCAUAUCUCAUGAAUGAAAAGGCAACUUCGCCAUCUUGUACGAAGAGCCUCAUACCGCACGGUUGGCUCCGAAUGCCUGUGCUCCCCAAAUCCGGUCUGAAAAGACAUCCAGUGGGCACGCGAAGCCAUAUCAUCCUUGGAGCUAGAUCAUUACCUCUUUAUCUAAAUUCCAGUGCGGAAGACCUUUCCACUAAAGGCUCAUCAUCGAGAGAAUCCGAUCAUGCCUGCACCGGUAUCCCUACUUCUCCCUUGGCAAGGCGCCAUGCGCGGGCAUACAGCACGCACUUGCGACCGAUUGAGGAGGUAGAUUCAAACCUACAGAGCUUUUACGAUAUCGUAACGUCCAGUAUUAGGACGUGUGCUUCGAAGCUAAAAACAUCGAUCUCAAGAGACGACACGGCAAUCAGAAGUGAAUUGUCACCCAGACAGGUUGAACCGUCUCCACUUGCGAAUAUUCGACGCGUAUUAUACAGAGACCCAAAACUUCGCUAUCUUCACCCAGUCAAACCAACACUAAAGUCCAAGCCAAUACCGCGACUCAUAAAUACGAAGGCGUCAACUCGUCAAAGUUUUGACUUGGAGACACUGCUCUACCAACAGGAUCAACUCCAAAAAUGCCGUGAGGCCCAAAGAAACUUGCGUUAUGGUGUCUUCAGUGAUACGGAGCUACUGACGGGUAAAUUUACAAUCACAUCGAGGGAUGACUCUGCGAUUGAAAGCGGGGAAGACGAAGAGGAGGAGGAUGUCCAAAGUUCAGGAGAGUCAAUGGUGCACACUCAUCUGGUAAAAACCGUCUCCAAAGAAAAUGAGGAUCAAGUACUUGAUUUGAAAACUAUAGACAACCCAGGAAAAGCUGCCCAUAAUUUAGAAAUUACAUCAAACAGCAAACCUGAUGGGAAUGUGUCAAUAGCGGGACUGCAAAAUACAAAACAACCAUUAGUAGACGUUACAGGAAGCCACUCUGGGACGAAAUCAGGAACAGAG